GGCGGUGCUUGCGGGAGGCGAAGCGCUGCGGGCAGCGGCGCGCCCGGAGCGGCGGCACCGGCACCGGGCACCCGCACCAGCCCCGGGCAGAGGUAGUGGGGAAGGAUGUUUUCCUCAGUGAAGCCCUACGAGAACCAGCGCUACGCCUCUCUGAAGAAGGAGUGCCAGCGGCGGAAGCAGCUCUUCGAGGACCCGCUUUUCCCCGCCAACGACGACUCGCUCUUCUACAAGUCAAGGAUUCAGGGCAUCCAGUGGAAGCGACCCAAAGAAAUCUGCAAUGAUCCACGUCUCUUUGUGGAUGGGAUCAGCUCCCAUGACUUGCACCAGGGCCAGGUUGGGAACUGCUGGUUCGUGGCUGCCUGCUCCUCCCUGGCAUCCCGGGAGUCUCUGUGGCAGAAGGUCAUCCCAGACUGGAAGGAGCAGGAGUGGAACCCUGAGAAACCCGAGAGCUACGUGGGGAUCUUCCACUUCCAAUUCUGGCGUUUCGGUCAGUGGCUGGAUGUGGUGAUCGACGACCGCCUGCCCACGCUCCACAAUCAGCUCAUCUACUGCCACUCCAACUCCAAGAAUGAGUUCUGGUGUGCCUUGGUGGAGAAGGCUUAUGCCAAGUUGUCAGGCUGUUACGAGGCCCUGGAUGGAGGCAACACAGCUGAUGCCCUGGUGGAUUUCACUGGUGGGGUCUCUGAACCUAUCGACCUGACCGAAGGGGACUACAUCGCUGAUGAAGCCAAGCGAAACCUCCUCUUUGAGCGCGUGCUGAAGGUGCACAACAGGGGAGGCCUCAUCAGCUGCUCCAUCAAAGCCACGUCAGCAGCUGACAUGGAGGCUCGCCUGGCCUGCGGACUGGUGAAGGGCCACGCCUACGCGGUGACGGACGUGCGGAAGGUCCGUCUGGGCCAUGGCCUUCUGUCCUUCUUCAAGUCGGAGAAGCUGGACAUGAUCCGCAUGCGCAACCCGUGGGGUGAGCGGGAGUGGAACGGCCCUUGGAGUGACACCUCUGAGGAGUGGCAGAAAGUGAGUAAAAGUGAGAGAGAGAAGAUGGGAAUGACAGUGGAAGAUGAUGGGGAGUUCUGGAUGACCUUUGAAGAUUUCUGCAAAUACUUCACGGACAUCAUCAAGUGCCGUCUGAUCAACACCUCCUACCUGAGCAUCCACAAGACCUGGGAGGAGGCAGUGCUACACGGGGCAUGGACCAGAAGCAGUGACCCCUUGAAAAACCGCUCUGGAGGCUGCAUCAACCACAAGGACACUUUUCUGCAGAACCCCCAAUAUGUGUUUGAUGUGAAGAAGGCAGAAGAUGAAGUGCUGAUCUCCAUCCAGCAGAAGCCCAAAAGGACCAGUCGCAAAGAGGGCAAAGGAGAAAAUUUGGCCAUAGGCUUUGAUAUCCAUAAGGUGGAGUUGAACAGGAACUACCGGAUGCACACGCUGCAGCAGAAGGUGGCCAGCUCCAUCUACAUCAACUCCCGCAGCGUCUUCCUGAGGACAGACCUGAAGGAAGGCCGCUACGUCAUCAUCCCCACCACUUUUGACCCUGGUCAUGAAGGCGAGUUCCUUCUCAGGAUUUUCACAGAUGUGCCUUCAGAUUGCCGAGAGCUGACACUGGAUGAGCCACCACACACCUGUUGGAGUGGGAUGUGUGGCUACCCACAAGUAGUAUCCCAGAUCCAUGUCCUUGCUGCAGCUGGGCUCAAGAAUCAGGACUCCCAAGGAGGAGCUGAUCCUUAUGUGAUCAUCAAGUGUGAAGGGCAGAAAGUUCGCUCUCCAGUGAAGAAGAACACGGUAUCACCAGAAUUCGAUGUGAAAGGGCUCUUCUACCGCAAGAAGCCAGGACAACCCAUCAUUGUUCAGAUCUGGAACCACAACUUGAUAAGCGACGAGUUCUUGGGCCAAGUGGUGCUCACGGGGGAUCCCAGCGACCGGCAGUCGGUGCACACGCUGCACCUCCAGGACAGGGGGAACAGGAGGUCAAACGACCUCCCUGGAACCAUUGCUGUGAUGCUGCUCAGCAGUAACAUCCUCACUAAUGUCUGAGUACUCGAGGGUGACUCUUCUGGUGCCACAUAUGUGAAUAGAAACAUGCACACGUACAUAUACAUAUAUAGAGAGAACACACAGAGCCUACCUACCCUCUGCAAAGUGUAUAUGAACCAUGCAUGCAUUCCACUCCAAGGAGCCAAACUUGUGUUUUCAAUGUUUAAAAAAUGGUGCCUUUUUUAGGGGGAACCACAAUGAUCCUUCUGCUGGCGUCUUCUGCAGCCCCCCUGGCUGCCACGUGCGCUGUGGGACGGCGGUGAGCACGCUGUGUGUCCUGACAGCCAGAGCACGAUGCCCUGGGGCUGUUUGUUUACACAGGCUGGCACACACAUGUGUCACCACGCACACCUGUGGCCACCACGGUCCCACCAGCUGCUUCAGUGCAUCUUCAAUGUGUCUGCUUGGGUUAGGAGUAGUGUGCAUGGAGCUGUCUCCCUGAAAUUGCCAUGUAAUCGCUUAUCUGCGGAGGCACCACAGCAAAGGAGACGUGGACAAACAGAUCGGGGUCUGUGGGUGAUUUUUGGGUGCGGGUUUGCGUACUGCAACUGCAAGGAAAAUGCACCAAGGCAGCCCAAAUCCACAGGGGCAGCAAGACCAAAGGCUCCAUCAUUCUGGGGACAAGCUGUCUUCACCCAAGUCUUGUUCAGCCCCACGCAACUCCGAAGUAUAGAAAGAUGUCAACAGCUGCGGUGGGAUAACUGUUCUCUGGGUCAAGUUUCUGAACUUGAAUCAGUCUGGACCCAGCUCCUGUGGGUGCCUCCUGAACUCCCAAGGUGCCUGCUGUCUCCAUGUCUCCAUGCCGUCCCCAUCCCAAGAGCUCGCCCCAGGAGCUGGGGUGGGUUGUCUGCUGGGGCAGUUCAGUGUUUAGGCAAGAGAAGAUUCGUUCCUCUGAAGGCCAAAGUGUCAAGUUCAAGGGAUGGGGAGCUUCGCUCCAUGAGCUCCAUCUGUACUGCUGCCUACAGUGCAUCAUUUCUCAGUGCCUCGCUUCUUCAAAUUCUUUUUAAAAAUAGUGGGAUUUUAGCUUGUACUUGAGGAGCACUGCUCCCAGUGCAGCCUGAAAAUGCUGGGAAUAUUUAAUUCAUACCAGUGUCCAUAUCUCACCUUUAAUUUUCAGUCUUCUGUUGUGGAGGAUGAGUUGCACAGUCCUAGAGCCAACCCAAAUGCAUCCUUGGGAUGUGUCUGGGGCUACAGUCUGCUCCUGAUUUCCAUGAAAACUUCCUUGUUCCACUGGGUGGCAGAAUCUGACUUCUUAUAAACCAUCCCAGAUAAACCAAACAACAACCCGUUGUCUGACCUUUCAGCAGCUGACUAGGACAAGUUUCAAACCAUUUUUUUUCCCUCCUGUUGUUUGGGGGUUUUAUUUAUGUGCCUUUAAAGUGGUGCAAGUUAAGGGAUUUUUCAGUCAGAUUUUCUAAGCAAAUAUUUUGCAGUCACCUGCAUGCAAGUGGAAAUUAAUACAUAUGAUAAAAUCUUUGAGUCUUCCUAAAUUUUGACCAGGGCAGAAUCCUUUUCCUGCAACAAAAGUGAACAGGAAAGCCUUCUUUUGUUAUAGCAAAGGUCUUCUGCUUGUCCUACUAAAUACUCUUGUUUGUCCUGCAAGUCUGUUUGGGUUGCAAAGUCCCUAAAGGUCUGGUAAGUCUGAAACAUGGUGAAGUGUUCUCCAAAGUACCUGCCAGCUCAGUUCUUGAUGCAACCAGAAGUGGACAGUGCAACUGCACUGAUUUUUGCGGGCUGUUUCCCCCUUUUUCCCAUCUCCACAGUCCUGCAGUUAAGAGUUUGCUUUUUUACCCAAUUUGCUUCUGUUUUUAGGUCUUGUUUUUCAGGACUUAAAGGCAAGCAGCGGUACCCAUGAUCUUUCCAGAUCUCAAUUACUCCUGGCUUGCACUGAGCACCCUCCAAGUUUGGUUCAGUGUCUUGCAGAAUUUACUUAAGUGCUCCUAGGUAAAGCAACUUUUUGAUUCCACAGUCAUGGCAAAUCCUUGAAUUUAGGAAGACCAAUUCAGAGAUAUUUUGAUUUUAUCUUGGUUUUGUUUAUGAGACUCAUCCCUGAAUAUAAACAGAAGCAGGAUUGUGGGGCUAGAAGGUGUGAUUUGGGUCUUAGGAGAAGAUCUCACAGGCUUAUGUUCAGAGUGAUGUGUGAGAGGGGUGCCCAAAGAUACCUCACCUGGCAGGGGGAUGAGCUAUUUGGCAUUGCAGGAACAUGACGGGAGCUUUGCACCAUCAUCAGCAGAUGGAGGUGUCCAGCCUGCCUACAUUUGCCUUGUUUUUUUGGGAAAUCAGGCUAUUAUAGCUUCAGCAAAGGAGAGCCAUUUAUCCAGGAGUGCCCUGCCAUGUGCCAAAUGGCACCAAGAUCCCCAAGGAGCAGUGCCAAAGCUCACCAAGGAGUUGUGGUACCCAUGGGCAAUCUCCUUCCUCCCUACAGAGAAUCAAGCCAUAAAGAGAGGAAAGGCAGCUUUUUAAUAGCUUCUUAAAAAAAUCACUCUAUAUCAGGACCAAAUUGUCUUAAUAUCAGUAAUAUUUGUCCUUUUUUUUUUAAGAAAAAAAAGUUUUGGAAAAGUUUGAGCAGAAGCCUUCUUACCCUACAUUUCCAAUGGUAGAACUUUUUUCUCUUCUUUUUCUCUUAUUUGUAGAGCAGAUGAGGGAGGGGAAAUAUUGAAAUGCCAUUCCUAUUGUUGAUGCCUGUUCUCUUUGAAUGAAGUAAACAGAAAUAUUCAGGAGGUUUUUUUGUUUGUUUUUUGAGAGGAGGGCAGGUCUGAAAAGCACUUUCCAGUCCCUCAUGAGUGGGACAGGACACAUGUCUGAUUUAUUUCACAUUUCUUUUGUUAAUUAUUUCAAUGGUUGCAAGCAGCCUGGCAUUAUACUCUGUGGAAACCAUUUCUUUUUGACAUCUGCCUGUUAAAACAAGCUGUGGUUUGUCUUCAUCUCCAAAGGCACUGAUGUAUCGUGCUGCACAAGAUCAGAGUGGUCCAAACAGAAAGCCAACAUUGUACAGCUGUAAACCUCCUAUAAAUAAAUAAAUUGUGUAUAUUUUAUUCAGA